AUGGCUAGAAAAUUUGUACUGCUGUUUGUGUUUGUUGUUUUCUUGCUUCAGGGAUGGUGGACAAAUACCGUCUCCGCAGAAGUGCUUAACACUUCCUUGUGCGCUGAAGUACAUGGGUUUGCUGGUGAAUUCAAUGAUAACCUUGAAAUUCCAAUCCAAUACGGUACGAAUGCCACUGAGCCCAUCGUACUCAUUGUGCGGCCCUUUGCACCAAACCUUGGAUUUCUCACAUCUAACUGGAUUGAGUUAAAUGUGUCUUAUAUGUCUACAACAGGAAAACAGGUAAUGAGGGUAUCUGAUGGAUACGGGAUAAUGAUCCUGAGUGACGUGGCGUCAUCGUCUAAGCUGAAUGUUGGCAUUCAACGCUUACGGCCGGACGGUCCGGUCCCAUUCCGUUUUUUGAGCUUUCAAGCAAAUCGGCCCACUUGCUUUAUCGAGGUGUCCCCUCAAAAUGCUUUCGUAUCACCCUUGCCGACAAUUCUUAAUCCGGGAGCGAACGAGAAUCCCAUUCCGUCCACCGCAUUCUUCAUGACAAAUUUGUCCAAUGCGAACUAUGGGGCCACCAUCGGCGCGUCAGCGGGGCUGGAAGGCUCUCCUCACGGGUUUUUCGUGCUCAGCCCGGAUGGGAAAAAGUGGGAUCCCCACAGCUCUGGUGACCUUAUUGAAGCCCCUUCCUCCCGUGUCAUCAAAUUCUCCUUCACGCCAGAUAGCAGGGCGAGCACGCUCAGCCGGGAGAUUCCUCACGUGCCCGUGUCGAUCUGGACGGCCCACCGGAGCGCCGAGGGUGGGGCCGCCCCGCUCCCCCCAAUCAUCCCCGGCGCGCCAGCCCGUAACCCUCAGGGCAGAGGCUCGAAGGGUAGCCUUUUCGUGCGCUUGUUCAUCUUUAUGGCCAUUGUUUUCUUUGUUUAUAUGGUACUGGGGAGCUGUCACAGGUAUCAUCAAGGAAAUACGGAGUUUCCAGAGAUGAUUCCACAUUCUAGUAUAUUUUUAGGCUGCUUCAAAUGUGUUCAAUUGGCGUGGGGGCGUCUAACUGGACGAGAGAUACGGAGUCGUAACGGGGAUUAUAAUGCGCUUGACGAACAGAUCACCUACGCCUACUAA